GCGAGCUUCUGGAAAGGCAAUAGGAAGUUGCCUUCUCAUGGGCCGGACACGAGGGCAGGAGCAGGGCUAUAAGGAGCCGGGCUGGGCAGAGGGCAGCCAGCCUGCAGAGCCAGAGGACAUGGCCAGCUGCCUAGAAGCCAUCUGGAACUGGAGAUUUCAGAGCGUGGUCUUUAGAACUGCCCAACUCCUCUGCUUCGGUGUCCUGGUUGCCGCCUCCUGCCACAACACGUCCUGCAGCGAGCAAGGAGAAUGCAUCGAGACCAUCGGGAGCCACACCUGCUCCUGCCACCCUGGCUUCCACGGCCCCGAAUGUGAGAAUGUCAGAGAGUGCGGAGAACUUGACCUCCCUCCACACGUGCUCAUGACCUGCAGGCACCCGCUGGGGAGCUUCGCGUUCAAGUCCCAGUGCAGCUUCCAGUGCGCGGAAGGCUACGUGCUGAACGGACCCAGCCAGCUGGAAUGUCUGGCUUCUGGCAACUGGGUGCAUAAGCCCCCGCAGUGUGUAGCUGUCGCGUGCCAGCCGCUGGAGGGUCCUGCUCACGGCAGCCUGGACUGCCCCCCACCCCCGGCAAUGUUCCAGUACCAGGCCAACUGCAGCUUCCGCUGCGCUGAGGGCUUCGCACUGAGAGGAGCUGCCUCGGUCCGGUGUGCUGGCCCCGGAGAGUGGACAGCGCCGGCCCCGGUCUGCCAAGCUGUGCAGUGCCAGGACCUUCCGGCUCCACACAAGGCCCGGGUGAACUGCUCCCACCCCUUUGGUGCCUUUAGGUACCAGUCAGCCUGCAGCUUUGCCUGUGAAGACGGCUUCCUCCUGGUGGGAGCGAGUGCCCUGCAGUGCCUGGACACUGGGCACUGGAGCGCUGCCCCCCCGGAAUGCCAAGCCGUCACCUGCAGGCCUCUGCUAAGCCCUCAGAAUGGAACGAUGUCCUGCGUCCACCCUCCUGGAGAUUCCAGCUAUAACUCCACGUGCCGGUUCACCUGCGAUGAGGGAUUCUCCCUGUCUGGGCCAGGAAGACUGGACUGUGCGGCUUCUGGCCACUGGACAGGCUCCCCACCCACGUGCGAAGCCGUCAAGUGCCCGGAACUGUUUGCCCCGGAGCAGGGAAGCCUGGCCUGUGCUGACGCCCAUGGAGAAUUCAGUGUCGGCUCCACCUGCCAUUUCUCCUGUAACGAGGGCUUUGAACUGGAUGGGCUCAGCGAUGCCACAUGCACAGCUUCUGGACGAUGGACGGCAGCUCCGCCGACCUGCAAAGGUGUAGCACCAGCUUCUGCCCCAGAGGGGCGCUGCCCAGCCCUCCGCCCUCCAGGGCAGGGAACAGUGUCCUGUGGGCCUCGUCUGGGUCCUUUCAGCUUGAACAACACCUGUUAUUUCGGAUGCAAAGCUGGGUUCACGCUCGUGGGAGACGGUGCUCUCAGAUGCAGACCUUCAGGACAAUGGACAGCAGCAGCCCCCGCGUGCAGGGCUGUCAAGUGCUCUGAGCUGCACAUUGGUGAGCCAGUCGCGAUGAACUGCUCCAACCCCUGGGCAAACUUCAGCUAUGGAUCCGCCUGCAGCUUCCAUUGUCCAGAAGGUCGAUCACUCAAUGGCUCCGCAAGAACAGUGUGCCAAGAGAAUGGCCACUGGGCAACUCCCGUGCCAACCUGCCAAGAGAGGCCAUUGACCGUCCAGGAAGCGCUGACCUACAUCGGUGGAGCAGUAGCUUCUACAGUAGGUUUGGUGACAUGUGGGACACUUCUGGCUCUGCUAAAAAAGCGUUUCAGACAGAACGAUGAUGGGAAAAGCCCCUUGAACCCUCACAGCCACCUAGGAACAUACGGAGUUUUUACGAAUGCUGCAUUUGACCCAAGCCCUUGAGGUACGUCACCCAUGAAGAUAUUUCAGAAGGACACAGACCAGUAGGGAAACAGGAAGAAUGUAAAGCUUGACUUUUCUUUCUGUCAUCAUGAGUUAAGUCUUAAGCAUGUAUUAAAUUUUUAAGCCAUGACGGAAAUUGUGUUGGCAGAAGGGGACAGAAACAGCAAUAGGGUGACAAUAAAAAGUAAGUCCAUGUGAGGAUUCCCAUUUCCUCCAGGAUGGAAACGUCCCACUAAGACACACUUAUUUCAGGAGGUGUGGCAUUCCCACGGGUGGCUGCUAGCUGGCACUCACACCGCGGCCUUGCGUGAUAACCAGAAGUCAGGGCUGCUGGGAAAAUUUCAGGAACUCUGUGCCACCUGCUGGGGAAAUGAAAAUAAUCUGCCUCCCCAAGAAGGUCAGUGAGUAGUUGAGUUUCCCAAGAAGAGUAGCCAAGAUGGCAGGAUAUCUGGGAUCUAGAAAGAGAACCGCAAGGAAUGGAUACGAUGACAGCUUUCUUUCUUUCUUUCUUUCAUUUUUUAAAGGAAAAUAUAAUUAUUUAAAUUUCUUCUGUCUCAUUUUCAGAGACCUGUUCUCCUCUUGGUCAUCUCAGCCUCCACAGGAUCCUAUUUUUGAACACAGGCUUCCUGCUAGAUUUGACUUUAACUGCAGUGUACUUGCUGAGAUUUCUGUGAAUACUUUAAAUAAACGAUGUGGAAUUUCCUCUGGAUGAGCUCCGGGUCAGAGCAGGAUUGUACCAGGAGCUCAGACUCCCCUCCAGCACCCGUCCUGCUCCAACACAAGCCCCAGGAGCCGGGACUGGAUGCUUCUGCUGUGGGCUGUGGGCUCUGCCAGGCUGCCCCUGGAAAUACUAAUCAGCCAGAGACUGGGUCAUUUGGCUUAACAGAAAAGAUAAGAGUAUGGAAAAAUAAUGCCUCUUUACUUUGGGACUGGGGGAAUGCAUCCUCCAUGCUGGAAGGCAGGCGGCGUCCUGACUUGAGGGGAUUUCUCUAAGAUCGUCCACAGCCUCCUGCAGAAGUGUUUGCUGGUACUGACGCCUCCGGACUCCACUGCGAGGCUUCCAGAGCAGCCCCUUCUGCAGAAGACCGCGAACCAAGACAGAAAGGACCCUGCCAGUGUACAGCUGCCCUCCAGCAGUCACUGUCCCCGCCCAAGGACCCAAAGACCGAUAUUCAAAUGUGUACUUAAAAGGAUUCCCCCUCAGAGCCCAUGUCCUAUCAUUCAAUGUUUUGUUCCAUAAAGUCUGUGUACACCACUAUGCUUGCAUCAGUAUAAUACACAAUUACAGUUGUCCCAGUUAGAGCUGGACCCUUCAAUCAAAUAUAUAUAACACCACUCCCCUGUGCAAGGAGAAAAUCAGA